AUGACUGCGGGAAUGUCUAUUUCAUUCCUCCCUCUCGGAGGCAUCAUCCAAGAGUUUCGCGUCGGAGAGCAGAACAUCGUGCUCGGGUUCCCCACCCAAGAGCUCUACGAGCAACACAACACCGCUCACUUUGGCGAAACCAUCGGCCGCGUCGCCAACCGCAUCAAGAACGGGGUGAUUGCCAACCUCAACGGACGCGAAUAUACCCUCGCGCAGAACAAUGGGCCCAACUCGCUGCACGGCGGGGUAAAAGGGUGGGGGAAGUGCGUGUUCGACGGUCCCUUGUCCGUCAAGCGUCACGACAAAGAUGCCCUCCUCUUCACCCUCCGCAGCCAGGACGGCGACCAGGGGUUUCCUGGUACCCUUGAGCUGAGGGUGUGGUAUACCAUUACUACCGAGGCAGACACCGUCACCAAGACCGUCCUUGAAGCCGAGUACGAGGUGGAAUUUGUCGGUGAUGAAUGUGAAGAGACGGUCGUCAACAUCACCAACCAUAGUUACUUCAAUUUGACCGGCGACCCCGAUCUAAGCGGCACCAUCGCCCAGCUGUCGACAGACAAUUAUCUCCCUGUCGACGAGACGGGAAUCCCGCACGGCUCGAUCGCCCCCUUCCCACACAAGGUGACCUCCCCCUUCACGCUGGGCGACUCGGCGCCCUCCAUCGACGACUGUUUCGUCAUGGAGACAGACCCUACCGCCGUCCCCAAGGAUACGCGCCCGCUCCCGCUGAAGCUCCUCGCGGCCUUCCACCACCCCAAGAACGGCAUCCAUCUCGAGGUCCACAGCACCGAGCCCGCCUUCCAGUUCUACACGGGCAAAUACAUCAAUGUCCCUGCUGUCGCGGGGCUGCCCGCGCGAGAACCCGGAUCUGGCUUCUGCGUCGAACCCAGUCGGUACGUCAACGCAAUCAACGAGCCUGAAUGGCGGGACAUGAUGCUGCUUCGUAGGGGGGAGGUUUUUGCUUGUCGCAAUGUAUACAAGGCUUGGAUUAAUAUAUAAGGCUGGGUAGCAAUAAAUGCACUACUCAUCUUAGUCAAAACUACUCCUACACUACCUUGGUACUACAGCUAGUACAGUAAUCGUCUGAUUGAGGGAUUUAUUAUUAAGAGUUAUCUGGUCGGAGGAUCCGCGGAGGAUAUGCGCAGGAUGGUCAUUACUAUGUAUUGUAUUUACGCGGUAUAUGUAAUACGUGUAUCGUAUGCUCACCUCGCAUAGACUUCGCCUGACUGGUGUAUUGACUACUAUAUACUAUCUUAGUAACUACUAUU